CCUAAAGGCGUGAGUGAAGAAGACAUAAAAACUGUGUUCUCGUCUUGGCUACAGCAGUCCACUACCACCAUGCUUCCUUUGGUAAUACCAAAGGAAGAGUGUAUUAAGCUGGAAAUUAAAGAUGGGUUGAAAGAGUUCUCUCUGAGUGUAGUUCAUUCUCAGGAAAAAGAAAAGGAUCAAGAAAAAACUGUUUUUGUGUUGAGUCCCAUUCUGCUGCAGAAGAUCUCAGUACAAGUCCUUCUAGAGCCCGUGAUAAGAGAAGAACACAGUGUGGAAAUUGACUUUCUUCUUCCCUCUUUAACGCUGAGCUCUUUGGGUGGAGUGAGUUCCUUAGGUAUAUCCGCCAUGGAACACAUCACUCACAGUCUUCUGGGACGCCCUUUGUCUCGGCAGCUGAUGUCCCUGGUCGCAGGACUUAGGAAUGGGGCACUUUUGAUCACUGGAGGAAAGGGAAGCGGGAAGUCAACGUUAGCUAAAGCCAUCUGUAAGGAAGCACGUGACACUCUGGACGCCCGUGUGGAGGUAGUCGACUGCAAAGCUUUACGAG